CUCCUGCCGGAUCAUGUAGCUAAUAGGAAGCUAAUAUGAAUCUGGUGCGGUCCCGUCCCAGAACAUACCCAACCAGCAGUCUUUCGCAAUACACAAAUCAAAAGACAUGUGAUACUAUUGAGGGCAUUUAGCUUGUGCGCCAUGUGUUCAUUCCAAGGCCACAUCUUGGCGAUUGUGAUGUCAUGGUGCCUGCUUUCAAGCCAAUUGGUCUAAAGCUAGGGAUGCAACUUCAAACUAGCCGAAGCCGAGUGGUGCAAAAAUGAUGCAAGUCUGUCACUGAUGGCAAGGGAGAUGAUUCCUUUGGCCAAUUCUGUACACACAUGACACAUGACCACAAACUUGGCCUACUUCAAUGCUGUGCUUGAACUGAAGGAAUUUCGGUGGUGUUGCAAUUUCGGUUUCAGUGGUGUACUUGUCAUCGCUCCUGGUCUCGUUAAUGUCGAUCAUCACACGCAAACUGUGACUGCAAACUUCUGACUUCGGAGUCUGAGGUCGGCCGGUGAUGAGAUUCAUGACUUUCUUCGACUCGACAACUUGCAUGGACAGAGAGGAUCCUCUCAGAAAUGAUUAGAGCUGGUGCACAGGGAAACAAACACAUGCACGCAGCGUGAAGCACAGAAAGCGACAAUGAAGAGUGGCACGAGCUCAGUACAGCGGUUCCUCAGUCUUAGGAACAUGGCUCGAACUUGUAACGUAGACUUUUGUCUCACACGAGGCGUAGGUACGCAGCAAGCAAGAAGGAAUAGGGUCACAGAGACCGCCAUCGCCAUGACUUUCUGUCCUUUCGACCCAUUCAUCCUCUCAUCACUCAUAGGCCGUCCUUUGUUCUAUGACCUGUCUCGACCUUCAUGCUGUACAUCGUCAUUAGAUCUUUAUCUGCACUCUGCCCUUUCAGCUGUCAAUCUGACCUGCUGGAAGUGACAUGCGAACACAAGGGAACAUGCCAAUCCCAACCCAAGCUUGCCCUCUUCUCGAAGUAGAUUGCAUCGUAUGCCAAGCGUACUUAUGACUUCUAUUAGCACCUUGAGGGGUUUCGUGGUACUGAAGGGAGUAUAAGCAGGCCUGCCAAGAAAGUCACCGGUUCAAGGAAAGAAAGCAACCUAUCAGCAUCGAGUGCCACGAGCUGAACAUUCGCCUACGAUGAGGUACGAGCAAUUGAACUGAUUUGACAGCUGAAAUCUUGGCCAAGGGCGAGGCCCACUCUCUGUGGAGAGUGGCACUGACCAAUGGCGGAACUGACUCGCAAGACGAAGAGGGAGCUCGACCCACAGCAGUGGGACAGAUGUGUGGCUCGACCAGAAGGCUGCAGGUCAAGCAGUUAAGGUGUACUUGAAACUUGGCCCAAUGAUCCCAAUCUGUAGAUUUAGAGUCUAGCUGAUUGAUAGCACUGGGCAGUUGAACUAGCCUUCAAGAAUUUAAGGCUUUGUUCGUACACGAGAGGACAGAAUGUGACGACCACAGCCAGGGUCCAAGAGACAGAUCUUUAUGGUCUACUCGAGCUUUGUAGGUCAGUUGGCAGUGUUAGUCAUAGUAUUGAGCCAUUCAAUUCUGUACAGCGAGCUCAAACUAACAUCCAAAACAGGAAAGACCUUCAUAGUUCUAGAAGCCUAAGCCUCGCUUGGGCACGUUUAUGAGACACUUUGGGAUAGCAUACAUAACCAGGUCAAAGGGACUUUAAAUUCUCAUUUAAUGCUACUUUGCACUAAAUUGUAGUUAACACAAAGAUGUUAGUUGGUGAUUAUUGGAAUGCUCCAACACUGUGUAGAUGGUCUAUCUAGAUAACUCGGAUACGUGAAAAAUAGUGAUUAUUUUUCCGUAGCCCAGGCCUCGG